GAAAGUCCACAACAGCCAUCCUCACCAGGGUAAUACUUCAGCUUUCUGGCAUUAAGGACCUAGGGCAUAAUCCUGCAGGUUUGAGCUAUCUGGAAGAUGAAGCCCUGGCUGCAGUUGGUGUUCUUUACCUGUAUUUUCUUGAUCUGGCACGCAGAAGCAGAGUUCUUCACCUCCAUAGGUCAGAUGACAGACCUGAUUUAUGCGGAGAAAGACUUGGUACAAUCUUUAAAGGAGUAUAUCCGAGCAGAAGAGAACAAGCUCUCUCAGAUUAAAAGCUGGGCUGAAAAAAUGGAUGUACUGACUAGCAAGUCAGCCUCUGAUCCAGAAGGGUAUCUGGCACAUCCUGUAAAUGCAUAUAAGCUGGUGAAGCGUUUAAAUACUGACUGGCUGGAAUUGGAAAACCUAGUUCUUCAGGAUACAACAAAUGGCUUUAUUGCAAAUCUUACAAUUCAGCGUCAGUUUUUUCCAACUGAAGAAGAUGAGACUGGAGCUGCGAAGGCUCUGAUGCGCCUGCAGGACACAUACAAACUGGAUCCUGAAACUCUCUCUCGAGGAAACUUACCAGGAACAAAAUAUAGAUCAUCUUUGACAGUAGGUGACUGCUUUGGUAUGGGGAAGACUGCUUACAAUGAUGGAGACUACUAUCACACAGUACUGUGGAUGGAACAAGCUUUAAAACAACACGAUGAGGGCGAGGAUACAACAGUCAGCAAAGUGGAGAUCCUAGAUUAUCUCAGCUAUGCUGUUUUCCAGUUUGGGGAUUUACACAGAGCAAUGGAACUUACUAGACGUCUGAUAUCCCUUGACAGUACUCAUGAGAGAGCAGGCAGUAAUCUGCGGUACUUUGAGAAGUUGCUAGAGAAGGAGAGAGAGGAGGAGGAGAAAGAGAAAUCGAUAAACAAGACCAUGACAACGACAGAACCAGUGGUGCAAGGUGGCGCUUAUGAGAGGCCUCUCGACUACUUGCCGGAGCGUGACAUCUAUGAGGCCCUUUGCAGAGGUGAAGGGGUAAAAAUGACACCUCGAAGACAGAAAAGGCUGUUUUGUAGGUACCAUGAUGGAAACAGAAACCCUCACCUGCUCAUAGCUCCCUUUAAGGAAGAAGAUGAAUGGGAUAGCCCUCAUAUUGUACGAUAUUAUGAUGUCAUGUCUGAUGAAGAAAUUGAGAAAAUUAAACAACUAGCUAAGCCAAGGCUGGCACGAGCCACAGUACGUGAUCCCAAAACCGGUGUCCUUACAGUGGCUAGCUACAGGGUAUCAAAAAGCUCGUGGUUGGAGGAAGAUGAUGAUCCUGUUGUGGCCAAGGUGAAUCAACGAAUGCAGCAGAUCACAGGGUUAACAGUGAAAACAGCUGAACUAUUGCAGGUUGCCAACUAUGGAAUGGGAGGGCAGUAUGAGCCACACUUUGAUUUUUCUAGGCGACCCUUUGACAGCACACUCAAAUCGGAAGGAAAUAGGCUAGCGACGUUUCUUAACUAUAUGAGUGAUGUAGAAGCUGGAGGAGCUACAGUUUUCCCAGACUUUGGAGCAGCAAUAUGGCCCAAGAAGGGAACAGCAGUGUUUUGGUACAAUCUUUUCAGAAGUGGUGAGGGUGAUUAUAGAACAAGGCAUGCAGCUUGUCCAGUACUAGUAGGGUGUAAAUGGGUUUCAAACAAAUGGUUUCACGAAAGAGGAAAUGAAUUCUUAAGACCCUGUGGGAGAACAGAGGUUGACUGAAACCCAACCUGCUGCAGGCCUUUGUUUCUCUGUCUCCUUUUCUACUGUUCGUUCUUCCAGUUCAUUUCUAAGAAAUGAUCCAUCUUUUUCUCCCAAGAGUCCUGGCACUUUACCCAAAAAGGACAACAAAAUAUGUAACACCUAUGAAAGAAAGUAAAUGGCAUUGUACACAUACUUGUGUUUUGGUUGCUGUUAUUUCCAUGUUCCCCCUGCCAUCCUCUGCCCUCCCUUCUGCCCUCCCAGCUUUCUCUGUAGUAGUGGUGCGAACAGUGCUGUGGGCGAUUCAGUAUGUUUGGGUGCCUGGUCUUGUGCCUUCUGUACCUCAGAAGAUUUAGAUGUUAAAUAUUUCUUUGAACCAAAGUGUUUUUUUAAAGUUUUGUGUACAUGUUGAUUAUAUUGUAUUUCUAUGGAUCACAAAUUUUGAAACAAAAAUAAAUGUUCUUUC